AUGGCAACAAUGCAACGAGUUGUUGUUCUUCUAGCUUUGUUUCUAGUUAGUAAUUAUACGAAUAUUCUGAUCGAUGCAAAACCUGAGUUGGAUUAUCAUCGAUAUUUACAACAAUUUGGCUAUGCACCAAAGCCUGAUGGUCGACGAUUGAUGUCUAUACUUGGCAAAUCAACAUACGAUGAUGGAAUCAAAAAAUUUCAACGACUGUAUAAACUACCGGAAACAGGAGAAUUGGAUGCGCGAACGAGAAAAUUCAUGGAACGAGCGCGAUGCGGUAAUCCUGAUUUAGGUACCGUUGAAUCGGUCGGUCAACCAGUGAAACUCGAAUCAUCACUAACGCCUUCAUCAGCGAAAAAAAGUAAAGCACCAGCAAGUUAUGUGGCACAGAAUAUAGUUUGGCCAAAGAAGACUUUGAAAUGGUUCAUUGAGGAAUACCCAAAAAAUCAAAAAUACUUCAAAUCGCAAGAUCAAGUUCGUCGCGUAUUCCAGCAAGCCUUUCAAGAUUGGGAGAAGUACUCAGGGUUGAAAUUCGAAAUGACUACAAACAAUAAAGCAGCUGACUUAAAGAUCAAAUUCCAGGCGAAAGAUCAUGGCGAUGGAUAUCCAUUCGACGGACAAGGCGCAACAUUGGCUCAUGCUUUCUAUCCGACUAGUGGCGAUUUACAUUUUGAUGACGAUGAAUUAUUUACAGAUGACUAUACAGCUAAAGAUGAUCAAUAUACCUUACGAUUAGUUGCUGCGCAUGAAAUUGGUCAUUCCUUAGGUUUAGCUCAUUCAUUCGAACCCGAGUCGUUAAUGUUUCCGGUUUAUCAACAGUUCAAAGCGGAUUACAGUAUAUCAGAAGACGAUCGACAAGGUAUUCAGACACUCUAUGGCAAGCCAGACAGUAAAACCGAGGUUGAGUCAGACAGAACAACAGCAACGACAACAACAACGAAAUCGCCAUCGGCUAUUCAACCUGCGCAUGGAUUACCAUCAAAUAACUGGUGUCCUGGUCAGUUUCAAACAGGCUGUGAAGGUCCCGAUGGUGACCUCUACUUGUUCAAAGAUGAACAUGUCUGGCGAUAUCAAUCACGAAGCAAACGAUCGUGGGAACCUAGUCCAAAAUUAAUUAGGGAACGUUUUCCUCCUCUCUCAGACACAACGAUUACAGCUUGUGUGAAAUCGAAAACUGGCUAUACCUAUUUGUUCCGUAACUAUCGUCUAUGGAAAUUAAGUACACAUUGGUCAGUAGACGGACCGCACAUCAUCUAUGGUUACCAUUAUCCUCAAAAUCCUCGUGCUGCUCUAUUGCAUGGAAACUCGAUUUAUUUGAUACGCAAUCGUUUCGCUUAUCGUUUUAAUGAAUUCAAUCACGAGAGAGAAUUAGAAAUCUACAAUAUCGAAUCGCUUCUAAAACCUCCACCUGAAGAGACGAUUCGUUCAGGUUUUACGUACAAAAACCGACAUUACAUAUUCACCAGAAAUGAUGUCUAUGUGUACGAUUCAACAAAUGGAAAACUGCAGCCCGGUUUUCCAAAAGCCAUGGUCAAUGGCUGGUUUGCAUGUGAAGGCGCAUCGCUUCCGUCGAAUUGGAAUAAGAAAACACCGAAGCCAGCGAAACAAGCACAUCGCGAUAACGAUGAAGAACCUAGUCGACAACCCCAUUUUAAUCAUAAUCAUGGUCAUCACCGUCCUCACCCUCUGCAUCAUCGUCAUAAUCGGCCCAGACGACCGCAUCAUCAUCAUCAUUACGAUGAUUAA